GCCAGAUAGUUUGUGGUUACAUCUAUCUCGUCAAGUGAUGGCAACAGAGACAAAUCCCGUUUCGUUUACAGAUAUAUUGUCAGCAGCUUUAGACGAAUCUGGUAUUGGAGAUUUGGACGACUUUGAUCUUGGUUUCGCAGACACAGUUCCUGUCAAUGGUGGUGACUACAAUGGAACAUCCACACUGCAACAUAAUUCCCAAGUCGGGCAAACAGCUGUUGAAAAUGCCACAGCUGAACCCGAAGCCAUGCUGCAGCAACCAGCUCUGGACCCAAACCUGGACCAAGUGGACAUGUUUACACAGGCGCUUCAGCAACUGUCAGCGACGGCUCACAUGGUUCCAAAGGCAGAGCCUGUCCCCCAACCAGUGGCCCCGCUGGUAUCACAGCCUGUACAACAGAGCCCAUCAAGUGCCCUUCCAGAGUUAUCUGCUCUUGUCCAACAGCCCUCUGCACUGUCAAGGACCAGCUCAAUGGGGCAGCUGAGGCCUCCAAAGCCUCCAGGGGGAUCUGUCUUCACCCCACCCCCUGACUCAGACCCAGAGGCACCCCUACAGAGAGUGCAGCCUGUUCAAGGCAUCAUGGCAGGGCAGCCUAUCCCUGCCCAGGUUCCACAGACUUUAACAGCUGCGACUUCUGCUUACAGUUCGAUAUCUCAGACACCGCAAAUUGUGAAGAUACCUACAGCAGCCACGAAAACAAUACGCUUACCCACUGGAGCUGUUGAUGUAAGCGGAUCCCCAGCACAGCCAGUCAGAAUGCCACCGUUGGCUAACACUCGUAUAAUUCGCUUGCCAUCUGGUCAGACAAUCCGUGUUCCAGCCACAGCUCAGACGAUACGACUUCCAUCAGGCCAGAUGCUUCGUUUACCACCCAGACAAACAACGCAGGCGAUCCGGCUACCAAGUGGUCAGACUGCUCAGGCUGUGCGUCUGGCUUCAGGUCAAUCAACACAGACAAUACGCCUCCCGUCAGGCCAGUCCAAACAUAUUAUACGUGUACCCCCUGGACAGCUUGGACAAACAAUUCGCCUACCCUCGGGCCAAGUGCUGCGUUUGCCAUCAUCUCUUGUUAACAAGUCCGCAGGAGGGGCCACAGCUCCUACAGUGAUCCGCAUGGUUUCCACAACAUCAGCACCUUCCCCGGGAGUUCAGCCCAGUAACCUGGGAACGUUACCUCAAACUACAGCAGCGGCUAUGGUAACCCCGGCAACCAACUCCGAAUCUGGCACCAAAUCUGCAGUCGUCACAAUUCCAAACGGAAAUAUUCCGGCGGGUGCAACAGUCAUCCGACGCCAGGGCAAGACUUACAUUCUUCAGAACUCUCCAGUUUCUGCACCUUCACAAAUGGAGCAAGGUACAAGUCUGACCAACCAGUACCUUGGUAAUUUUCUGGGCACAGGGAAUAAGACUGCUAUACAGGUUGUGACCCAAACAGGCGUCAUGGGAAGCAAUGUGAAAUUCCUCUCGGGCAACGUGGGGCAGUUAGGACUGUCUGAACACUCGCCCUCCCCCUCUCCCCCACCUCUCACUCUCUCUACCGUGCUCAGCCGCCCCGUUUCCAGCUCUACACCACCUCCUUUGACAUCCGGGACGAACGGAGUGGUAAAAGCACAGCUGACCAGUAAAGACGUCUCCAGGCUCUGGUCGAAUGAAGAUCUCAAACUCAAGACAAUUGCCUCCAACAACAGAAUUGCUAGCCGUGGGCCAGUGCAAAUACAGACCCUGAAGGGUGCUAUAGAUGAAGAAGAGGUGGAGGAAGAGGUGCAGGAGUUAGGCCAUGCAGAGACUUACUCCAACUAUAUGCCCACCAAAGUUAAGGUAGGCAUCAAGCACCCAGACCCGGUGGUAGAGACGAGUUCCCUGUCCAGUGUGGAGCCCCAGGAUGCCUGGUACAACGUCUCCAUCCCAGAGAGCACUAUAGACUCAGGCAGUCUCUCCGCGCUUCAGCUGGAGUCUAUUGUUUACGCCAGUCAGCGCCAUGAGACCAUCCUGUCCAGCGGUGAAAGGGCAGGCUUUCUCAUUGGUGAUGGGGCUGGUGUGGGUAAAGGUAGAACCGUGGCAGGAAUUAUCUACGAGAACUACCUACUGGGCAGAAAACGUGCACUCUGGUUGAGUGUGUCCAAUGACCUGAAAGUUGACGCAGAAAGAGAUUUGCGGGACAUCGGGGCUGGGAAAAUAGAUGUUCACUCACUUCACAAACUGAAAUAUGCAAAGAUCUCAUCUAAAGAGAACGGGAGUGUGAAGAAGGGUGUGAUUUUCUCCACGUACUCGUCGCUGAUUGGUGAGAGUCAGUCAGGCGGGAAAUACAGGACGCGGUUAAAACAGCUCUUACAUUGGUGUGGCGAGGACUUUGAUGGGGUCAUUAUCUUUGACGAGUGUCACAAAGCCAAAAACCUGUGCCCUGUGGGCUCCAGUAAACCCACGAAGACAGGACAGACUGUGCUAGAACUUCAGAACAGGCUGCCCAAUGCCAGAAUUGUUUACGCCAGUGCUACAGGAGCGUCUGAGCCACGGAAUAUGGCGUACAUGACUCGGCUAGGCCUGUGGGGGCUGGGGACACCGUUCAGGGAGUUUAAUGAUUUUAUACAGGCUGUGGAGAAAAGGGGUGUUGGUGCUAUGGAGUUGGUUGCCAUGGAUAUGAAGCUAAGAGGAAUGUACAUUGCACGACAGCUGAGUUUCCAUGGAGUUACAUUCCGUGUUGAAGAGCUCCCUCUCAGCAAGGACUUUGUGAAGAUCUAUAAUGAGUCUGUUAAGCUGUGGGUGGAAGCACGGGACAAAUUCCAGAAGGCUGCCGAGCUGAUCGAUGCUGAGCAGCGGAUGAAGAAAAGCAUGUGGGGACAGUUUUGGUCAGCCCAUCAGCGCUUCUUCAAAUAUUUGUGUAUAUCUGCUAAGGUGGAGCAGUGCGUACGGCUGGCCAGGGAGGCUGUCAAGAAUGGAAAGUGUAUCGUGAUUGGCUUACAGUCCACGGGUGAAGCACGGACGUUGGAACAGCUGGAGGAGGCUGGUGGAGAGCUUAAUGACUUUGUCUCCACAGCUAAGGGUGUCUUCCAGACUUUGGUUGAGAAACAUUUCCCCGCCCCAGACCGAAGGAAGACAUUUGAUUGGUUCGGUUUAGGGGACUAUUCCAAUUCCAGCAGUGCUCCAGCAUCCCCUCAAGCCAAGGCCAACAACAAACGUAAAACAGUAAAUCAUUCCCAAAAUUCAGCACCAAAGAAGAAGCGAGGUUUAUUUGAGAGUGACAGUGAUGAGGAUGGGGGUGUGGCUUUGUCAUCUGACUCCUCCUCUGAUGACAGUGAUGACAGCUCUAGCUCCUCCCAGGCUGAGAGUGAUGAGGAGUGUGGGAACCCGUUUGCCACAGGCUCGGAUAGUGAUGAUGAUCCUUGGCUCAAAAAAUCUUCCGUAAAAAGCAAAGUCAAGAAGAAGAAAGAGAAAAAGAAGAAAGAGAAGACAAAGAAGAAAGAAAAGGAGUCCAUUGACGACAAGUUUGACAAAGCUCUCUCCGCAGCGGGGCUGUUAAAGCCCAGCUCAUCUUUCUCAUCCUUCACAGACACCGGCCUUAGCAAUAGCCAGACCAAUGAAAACAGUGAUUCCAAUCCUGCCAGUUCCUCUAUGAAAUGUACCUCAGCUGAUGCGAUUGACCAGGCGUGUGGCAUGAAGCGUGACCUGUUGGCCAGCCUGGAGUGGGUAGGAGAUCGCUUACCACCCAAUACACUUGACCAUCUCAUUGAUGAGCUGGGUGGACCACAGAAUGUUGCAGAGAUGACGGGACGUAAAGGGCGCGUGGUAAUGAAUGACGAUGGUGGGGUGACAUACGAGUCCCGCAGUGAGAUGGACGUUCCAUUAGAAAUCCUCAACCUCACUGAGAAACAAAGAUUUAUGGAUGGGGAAAAGUAUAUCGCUAUUAUCUCGGAGGCAGCGAGUUCAGGUAUUUCCCUCCAGGCGGAUCGACGGGUGUUUAAUCAACGUCGGCGAGUCCACAUCACUCUGGAACUACCGUGGAGCGCAGAUAGAGCCAUUCAGCAGUUUGGUCGUACUCAUCGGUCUAACCAAGUCAGCGCUCCAGAGUACGUGUUCCUGAUCUCAGAGUUAGCGGGAGAGAGACGGUUUGCCUCCACUGUGGCCAAACGGUUGGAAAGUCUGGGUGCCUUGACCCAUGGUGACAGGAGAGCCACAGAAACCCGGGAUCUCAGCCGGUUUAAUUUUGACAACAAAUAUGGCAGGACGGCACUGGAAGCUGUGAUGAAAUCUGUCAUGGGACUGGAAUCUCCCCUUGUUGCCCUCCCGGAAUAUGAGGGCAACUUCUUUGAAGAUGCUCAGAGGGGGUUAAUAGGGGUGGGACUCGUCAGCAUGGAUGACAAAAUUAAAAUACCUGUUCUAGAGAAAGACUACAACAACAUCAGCAAGUUCUUAAACCGAAUAUUAGGCAUGCCUGUCGCACUCCAAAAUGCACUGUUCAAAUAUUUCUCUGAAACCUUGACGUUCAUUGUUCUCGAUGCCAAGAGGUCUGGACGAUGGGACAUGGGAAUUCUUGACCUAGGCUCAGGCAGUGAAUGUGUACAAAAAGUGGAGACCAAGAAGUUCAUGGGGAAUGCAGUUCAGGGAACAGCUAAAACAGAACUCUACACAGUGUGCGUGGAGCGUGGUCUCUCCUGGCUCUCAGCCAUGGGGCUCUGGGGGGAGUUUUCUGGCAGCGAAGAUGGUUUCUACAUCUCCACACAGAUGCGAAAUGGGAAGAGAACAGCCAUGUUGGCAGUAGCAGAGAAAGGCUCCAGGAAAAAAGAGCGAUUGUACAGAAUAUACCGUCCUAACACUGGACUACAGCCCAGGAUGGAGUCUCUAACAGAAAUCAAAAGCAAAUAUAGAAAGGUGUUGCCUGACGAUGCGGAGGUGUGGUGGAAUGACCAGUACCAACACUCUACCACCAUGUGCAGCCAUGCGUACUGGAAGGGGAACUGUAAGCGUACAAGCAUGGGACUGACCUGUGAGAUUGGACUGAGGACGCGGGAGUACCACGUACUGGCCGGCUCUGUCCUCAGUGUAUGGGGAAAGGUCGAGAGUGUACUGGCAGCAAUGCCUGGAGGGUCCAGCUCAAAGAUGCAGAUCAUACGACUGCGCACAGAAGAUGGGCAGAGAAUUGUGGGGAGUCUCAUUCCAAGCAACUGUGUGCCUGCGCUUAUCAACGUGUUGUCAGAAGGAAGCACCAAGACCCAGACAGAGACACAUACAACAACCCGACAAGAAAUGGAGGCUCUCAGUAUGCCCACCUUCUUAUGACCUGGAAGAGGGAAAUGCCUGACCAAUGUGUCUUACAACAACAACAGCAGCAACAACAGCAACAGUAGUCACCAUGGCAACAUCAUGUUGAGAACAUGCAGAAAAUGGGCCUCUUUCUUGUGACUCGUCAUGAUCUAACAGACAAAUUGCAAUGGGUCUGCCGAAAACGAUCAGCUGUUUGACUAGAGAAAUUUUGAGAGAUCUUGCAAUCAGAUGUGAUAGUAACAACAACACCACCGUUAUGUAUACCUCUGGUUGAAAUUGGUUGGCACAGUGCCAAUCCUGUUUUACUGCUUUGCUGAGAAUUUUCUUGACAGAGUUGCUUAUGUGAGCAAGAUGUAUUUUCUGUCAGCAAGAAGUUUCUUCCAUCAGCAAAAAGUUCGUUGUUGUAUGUUAAGCUCUAGCUGUGUUCGCUGUUUUUGGAAUCUUAAGGGAUUUGGUGGAUUGCAAAUGCCUUUCCUGUUUGAGAUUGCGAGUGUUUAGUCCUAUGAUAGGUAACAUGUCAGACCAAAGUGGUGGCAACGCCAUAUUGGUAUUCCUUUACAUUCCUUUAAGUGCCAAUCCCUUUCCGAAAUGUCACAUAUAAAUUUACCAUUAGGUUAAUGGUGGAUGACAAGUCUAGGAACCCUGUUAAACUGAUUGGAUUGAAACAGACAGUCCUGUGUGAAGGCUCAGACUACAGCACUGUUAAAGGAAUGGAUGACAAGUGAACCGUCAUUUAUUGACUGGAUUUUUUUUUUUUUUUUUUUUGCAAAAAAAAGAAAAAAAAGAG